GGAAGAGGGAGGGAGAGAAGAACAGCUUUCUUAUUUGCUUUCCUGGUUUCCAUCAUUGCUUCCUCUUAGGAAACACUGUGGAAUGAUUAUCCGACCAACCAUGUGUUGUAGAACCGUCAGUUUUCUUUUGCUCUUUGCCUUAAGUAGCAGCAGAUGAUCUCAGAACUAAAAUGUCCAGUUAUGUAAACAGAGGAUGACAGAGUGAAGCUGAAAUGCACUGGUCACAGACAGACCACACAAAGUGCACAUCUGCUUCUUUCCUUUCCUUUACUUCUCUUCUCUUCUCUUUUUGGUUUAGCCCUGUUUUAAUAAACCACACAGUCCUGAAAGGGUUAGACACAUUUCGGGAAGAUAGAGAUUGUUUAAAGGAUAAUCUGGGCCUGCAGAAAAGAAAUAGUGUGAAACAAUGACCCUCUGAGGGAGAUUUGGGCCUUUCAGCUAUUAGCCUUUAUUUCGGUGUAAAAUUGCAUCGCUGUGUUUUGUCCUCAGUAGUAACAGUUUUCAUACAGCUGCUUGGCUGAGCCUCACAUGCACUGGAAAUGAAAGAACAACAGUGUGAGCGCAGCGCUUUCAUCACACUUGUCACACAUUAUUUCUCUCCCAGAAAGUAUCCAUCUUAAUGCAUCACUUCAGACAAGGAGAGGUGGGCGUGGCCAAAAGCCUCCCUGCCCAUCUGACCAGGGCGGCUUCUCCAAAGCAUUUUGAACACCUUUUAUGAAGGCCUCUACAGUCGAGCCUGUCUUUCACCUCUCACCUCUCUGCUCAUCGACUGUCCCUCCUGUUCUUCUGAGAGAGAUCUCCUCAGUGCAGGUCCACACACAUUUGAAAUCCAAACAGCACCAGCAGACAUCUGUCUAUUCCUUCUCAGGCAAAAUGAGGAGGACACUGAAAGAGCAUCUGUUAAUGAAGGUCCAUCGUCAUGCCUUUCCAGUGCUAUGGGAUUUCGCCCCGAUCAGCUCUGCUCACCGGAAGAGUGCAGGUUCUCGUCCCAGCACGGAGCUGCUGUUGUGUCUUUGAGCUGACAUCCUUAACCUUGACACCUUCUGUCGAUGGCCAGCGUUACAAAGAGCAUAGACUCGCGAGCUUUAUAAAUUGCUGUAUAAUAAACGCUUCUCUUUACAUACCGCCUCCCAGUGGUGGCUGGUGGAUGGGCAGUUAAACACGUAUAUCCAGACUGAUAGUCACAGGCCUGAAAAACCUGGAUAAGAAAUCUCGGCCUUGACCGGGUUCCGUGGGAAUCCCACAGCUGGUGGUGAUGCGAGGGGCAGUCGGAGCGCCAUCGGCCAGCAAGCAAACACCCUGGUGUAACUUCUCGUGGGGAUUUCCAGAAGGUUCCAGAAGGGUUAUGCCUACAACUGGCAGGAAACAUUACAGAAGCUUCUGGAAGGGUAGCGAGAGCCAACAGUGAGAUUCUAGCAUGUUGAAGGUCCAGAUGGACCACGACAGCUUCAAGCCUCAGACCAAAUCAAGCAGCAGAAGAAGUUGAACUUUCAAGGUGAAAUUGCAUCUGCGGACAACCUGGUCCAGAAGAUUCCAGCUGCGGGUCACAGGAAAACGCACCUUCUGGACACUCAAGAAGCUGCACUCAGCAUCCAUUCUGCUGGGGGCGGGAGACUCAGCCUUUGAUGGCUGGUAAGGAUAGAUCCAUAAAAACUGUCUAAUGUCUGACGUGCUUUGUGGGAAACCAUUUGUUUUGAUCGCCCCCUUAUGGUCAGUCCCAGUGGUGCUGCUGGCUGGAGGCCUGGUAGCAGGAGUGUUUCUCCUGCUCUUCCUGGGAGUCGCAGCUUACGUCCUGUGGAGGAGACGCCAAGUGCAGGGGCGCUACCGAGAGCUGCUCGCCCCGGGUCCGGCCGUCCCAAGAUGCAUCACUCCUGUUAUGCUUGGCAUGCGCCGGCUGGAGGACAUCCCCUUCCAGGUGCCACGCAGUAUUAAAAGAUGCACUCAUUCCGGCACGGAGGGGCAGGAGGGGGAUGAGGAGGCGGAGAGAGGCUGGUCAGCCUCCUUCCCUUUGGGGAGACUGCAGCCGCACCUGUACCAGGUCCCACUGGAACCUAGCGAAGGCCCGCCCCCUGCUGGUGGAUCGGUGCAGCUGUGUUUCGGCGUUGCGUACCGGCCCGAUGCGGAGCGGCUCCUGGUGUCCGUGCUCCGCGCUGCCAAUCUGCCGCCCCGCUGCCAGUCCGGCGCCGUGCUGGUCAAGCUGCAGCUGUUGCCUGGAGGUCGGUGCCGGCACCAGGCCAAGGCCCGGCAGAGGGGCUGCGACCCCAGCUUCAGGGACAGCUUUGUCUUCCAGGUGUCAAGCGAGCGCCUGGACCAGUGCACGCUGUGCCUGUCCCUCUUCAGUGUGGACGGCCUGAAGAAGCACCAUCUGGAGGGCAGGGUCCUGUACCCCCUGAAAGAGUGGGCUGUGCGAGACCACACAGGACAGGUGCUGUGGAGGGAUGUGGAGACUGACAACGAUCAGCCCUGCUCCGAACGCGGUGACAUUCAGGUGUCCCUGAACUACAGCCCGCCCCUGCAGCGGCUGACAGUGAUGGUGCUGAGAGCGCGGGGGCUGCGCGGGUUACACAGCGAUCCAGGCAUGUGCAUUCAGGUGACACUGCAGAUCCACACUCAGGUAGUAACCCGCAAGAGGACAGCAGCCAUGAGGGGGGGUACAGACCCCACCUUCUGCGAGAGGUUGUCCUUCAAGCUACCCCCCAAGCACCUGGAUGAGGCCUGCCUGAGUCUGGAGGUACUACAGGCCUCCAUAGGGGGGCUCUGCUCUGCGGGCCUAGUAGUGAUCGGCCCCUUCAUGUACGCCCGUGGCAGAGAGCUGGAACACUGGAGUGAAAUGGUGAGCAAGCCCCAAGAGCUGGUCCGGAGAUGGCAUGGUCUCGGCUCCGCACCCGGGCAGAGACCACACCCCCUGACUGCAGAUACCCCACCCAGCCCCACAUCAAACAGCACGGAGAAAGAGAUCGAAAUGUCAGAGUAAUGCCAUCCUUCACAG